AUGCGGCCUUCACAUCACCUAUUCGCAGUCUUUCUUGGCCUUGUCGUCGGAUGGGCUUCGGCUGGAAGUAUCGUCCCAUCCCCUCUAGCCGAUACCACAGAUGAUAACCCCUGCCAGAACGUGCGCCUGGCGGGCUUCGUGUGCCUGGACUGCAACACCUUGGGGUACUGCAUCCAUGACACCACUAACCAGUGGCAGACAGUAUCCAUGCUGGAGUGCCAGACGGGGCACAGCUUCUACUGCAGCGACGAGGGGACCUUCGGAUGCACCUGGCAGUCCCAGUGCACGGUGCCGCAGCGAGGGCCCUUCAGCUGCCAGCAGCCGGGUCUGUUCCCCGAUCCCUACGACUGCCGCAAGUAUCACGAGUGCAGUGCCCUCAGCGUGGACACCCCGAGGCAGUGCACCAAUGGAGCCGGGUACUCCACGUUGACGGGUGAUUGCGUACUUCCGCGGGAGAGCGAUCAGUGCACAAGUCCGCAGUACAGUUGUACUAAGUCGGGCCAGAUCGGAGCCUGGCCGGCCGACAAUCGUUUCUACUACAUUUGUAUGGGCGACGCAGCCACCUCCUUCUAUCCCCUGCUACUGAAGUGCGACGAUGGCUUUAUCUUCCAGAACAGCGGGUGUGUAGCUAACACCCGUAACCUGGCUCUGCGCCCGAAAGAGGCUCCCAAGUGCAUUGGCAACUACAACUACGAAUGCUCUACUGGCGACGCUUGGGGAAGCACCUAUUGCAAGUGCGUCGAUGGAGAGUUACAGACCAAGAGCUGCCCCACAGGCUACCACUUCGACCCCAAGAUCCUGGCCUGCCGCACAGGACUCGACAGCUUCGACUGCCGCGACUUCGAGGUGAUGCCGUGCCCCAACAACCCAGCCAAUGAUGAGUACUGUCUCUGCAUGAGCUCGCAGCUCGAGGUAAGGAGCUGUCCCGAGGGGGAAGUCUUCAACGAAUACUCCCUGCUCUGCAUGAGCGUAGACGAAGACGAGGAAAUAAGAUUGGCUCAAGAAGCUCUUAGAAUAGCCAACUUGUAG